CCUACCACACGGUGUUUGGACGCAGUUUUGCUUACAAACGUGUGUUAGCUCGCCGCCGGACCUGUGUUGAAUGUUGUAUUUUUCGCUCAGAAACUUUCGCAACCAAUUUUGCCAGCACGGAAAAUACGAUAAGGAUACAACCACUAACUGUCUGAACCCAUUUGGUGAAAACUCCAAGCUGAAGUCAUGCCUUUUCCCAGAGGGAAGAAACCAAGUGUUACUGCUGGCAGUAAAAUACCCAAAUUACUUGGCAAAGGGUUGGAGAAUCAGGAGGAAGGCCCCCAGGUCAAGAGGUCGUCCUCCUCUCCCCAAGGAGCCCCUAAGAAGAGGACAGCCUUCGUAGACAUCACCAAUGCACACAAGGUUCACAUCAGCCUUCCAGGUACCAAGAAGAACUCCCGUAAGAAGACGCAGAAGAAGAAGGCCACCGCCUCGGUGUCAGACCAGAAUGACGCCAACCUUAAAAAGUCUGAAUCGGUGAGCUCAGAGAGUCCGGAGGAGGAGAAACAGAGGGGGGAGGAGGAGAGUCCAGUUGAAGAGCUUGUGGUGGUGGUGGAGGCUGUUCCACCUAGGGAGUUGCCCCCCCACCUCCGGAGACCACAGAUCCCUGAGGAGUUUGAUAUAGACGCCCAGCACCAGAACGACCCCACUCUGACUGCUCAGUACGCCAAGGAAAUAUUUGAUUAUCUCAAGGCCAGAGAGGAGAAGUUCAUCCUGUCUGACUAUAUGUCCAUCCAGCCCAGUCUGAACGCUGGGAUGAGGGCCGUCCUGGUGGACUGGCUGGUCGAGGUGCAGGAGAACUUUGAGCUGAACCAUGAGACUCUGUACCUGGCUGUGAAGGUGACAGACCACUUCUGUCCACUGUGCCGGUCAUCAGAGAGAGAUCUACAGCUUAUAGGCUCUACAGCCAUGCUCAUAGCAUCCAAGUUUGAGGUGAGGGAUAUUGAACACACAUACACACCUUGUGUUGUGUGGAGUGCAUAUGGACAUCUACGCUGGCGGUAUGUGUGUGAGCUGAGUCUUCAGGAGAUGGAUAUGGUCCCAGAGAGAGGAUCAUUACUGGCCUCAGCCUGUCUGCUGCUGGCUCUAGUCACCAAGGAGCUGGGAGGAUGGACCCCCAUCCUGGUUUUCCACUCUGGGUACGGUGUGUCAGAGCUGGUACCUGUUGUCCGGAGGCUCCAUUCCAUGCUCGCCUCCCCGCCUGACGACAAACUCCUGGCCGUCCGGAGCAAGUACUCUCACAAGGUUUUCUUUGAAGUCGCGACAAUUCCCACGGUGGACCUGGAGGCGUUGGAGAAGGCGUUGGAGAGGGCGUUGAAGUGACCCAUAGAAACCAGUCGGUGGGGAGAAUAUGUACAUAUGACAAGGAGAGACUGUAUAUAUUUUGUAAUAAUUAUAUAUAUCACUGUUAAUUUUUAUAAUGAAGGGAUGGCAUCUUCUGUUGUAUAAUCAAGUGUAUUAUUUUAUUUUUUUUAGCAGCAAUGCUUUUUUUUUACAUGUUCAUGUUGUAUUUUGUAUCUGUUUUUACACUUUAAGAAAAAAACAUGUUUAAACUUUUUAUACAAGUGUUUGAAGUUUAAUCUAAAAGUUAAAGGUAUUUUUUAGAAGUGUGUAGUGAGAGGAAAAAAGUAAAUAGAUUUACUAUUAAUAUCACUGACCAUUUUGAUAUUGUUGUGUAACCCACGGUAACAGUGUUCUUUAUCGGUAUAAACGAUGGCUGUCUGUCGUGAGUUGUCAAGGUUUUGCUCCAGCCCUGCUCCAAUUUACACCACUUUAUUCUACUAAUCGGCCUCUCACCAGGACCUUGAUUAGCGGAAGCGGGUGUGUUAGACUGGUGCUGGAACUAAAGCCUGCAUACUACUCAGUUCCUCUCCAGGUCUGUCUGCCUCUAAAAAUGUAUUUUAUGUUGUACAGUGUGUAUCAUGUAUAAAGUCUUUAACAUUUUGAACAAAGAGGAUUUUACUGUUACGCUAUUUUUAAAUGGCUCAGACCUCUGAAAAUUAAAUAAACCCUGUUUUAUUGUUUAUAA